AUGAGCAAGGCCGAAAGAAAUAGCUUGAGAGAUGAGGCUAGGAGUAUGUUUUAUCAUGCAUAUAAUGCGUAUAUGGACAAUGCAUAUCCAGCUGAUGAGCUGAUGCCUCUCAGUUGUAAGGGAAGAUGGCGUGGUGUGACCCCGAGUCGUGGAGAUUUAGAUGAUGUUUUGGGAAAUUUCUCCCUUACGUUGGUAGACAGUUUGGACACCUUGGCCGUUAUGGGCGACUUUUCGGAAUUCAGCCGUGGAAUACACCUAGUUAAUCGUGAUGUCAGUUUCGACCAUGAUAUUGUUGUUUCUGUCUUUGAAACGAAUAUAAGGAUAGUUGGAGGUCUGUUAUCUGCUCACGUCCUGGCUACAGCACUGAAGAAUGAGGUUCCAGCUCUCAGUUGGUACAAUGGUGAACUGUUAUUGAAAGCCGAAGACGUUGGCAAGAGAUUACUGCCAGCUUUCAAUACUUCCACUGGUAUACCGCAUGGCAGGGUAAACCUUCGCCACGGUAUUCGCGGCAUGUCCGAAUCGCGCGAAACUUGCACAGCUUGCGCGGGCACUAUGAUCUUGGAAAUGGCAGCACUGUCAAGACUUACCGGCAACCCAGUCUUCGAGCAGAAGGCACAUAAAGCGAUGGACGGCUUAUGGAAGAUUAGACAUAGAACAUCAGACCUGAUGGGUACAGUCAUAAACAUCCACUCCGGGGACUGGGUCCGCAAAGACUCUGGAGUCGGAGCUGGAAUCGACUCGUAUUACGAGUACUGCUUAAAAGCGUACAUACUCCUUGGGGAUGAAAAGUACUUGGCUAGAUUUAAUAGACACUACAAUGCAGUCAUGAAGUAUAUAAGCCGGGGUCCUAUAAUGUUGGCGGUACAUAUGCAUCGACCCCAUCUGCAGUCCAGAAAUUUUAUGGACGCGCUGUUGGCCUUUUGGCCUGGACUGCAAGUGCUUUUGGGUGACGUGAGGCCAGCUGUAGAGACGCAUGAAAUGCUGUAUCAGGUUAUGCAGCGUCACACCUUUAUACCUGAGGCAUUUACCAGUGACUUCCAGGUGCACUGGGGUCAGCACCCCUUACGUCCGGAAUUCCUCGAGUCCACCUACUUCCUUCAUCGCGCCACAGACGACGACCAUUACCUCCAAGUGGGAAAAACCGUGUUAAAAGCGUUACAGCAGUACACAAGGGUACCGUGUGGGUACGCAGCGGUGAACGACGUACGAACACGUGUGCACGAGGACCGCAUGGAUUCGUACGUGCUCGCGGAGACGUUCAAAUACCUUUUCAUGCUGUUCGGCGAGGACAGAGAUUUACCGAUCAAGUUGGAGGAUUAUGUACUAACUACGGAAGCACAUUUCUUGCCUCUGAGUUUGGCGACGGAUGGAAGGAACUCCACCUAUCUCAAUAUAAGAAUUGGCGAUGAUGAUGAUGAUAAAUACAGAAAGACAUGCCCGAACACUGCGUCGUUGGUGGCAGAGAAAGUGCGUCGGCCAAUGCGCCAGAUGCUCGGCUCAAGCGCAGCCCGACCGCCGGCGAGACUUCGCCCUCUCAACGACCCUCGCCAAAUUCACGCGCUCUCCGACAUGGGCAUAUCCGUUCUGACACUGCCCGAUGGAAGGGUUCAACUACUUUAUACUACUAAUACGGCGAAAUCGCCGAAGGACGCCGCGGAAGGCCUCACAUUCAUGCAGGAAAUGUCCAAGUGGAACGCCUUAAGUGACAUGGAGAACGGCGUGAUCGCGGCCGGGGUUAAGGUAAAGGACGCCGUGUACGCAGCCGGGCCCGGCCACUUCGGAAAGGAGAUCACCGGCCGCAAAAGGUACAUGGGCCACGUGGCAUAUGCGAUCCCGCAAGACGCGUGCACGAGCGUCGAGAAUAAGGAGGAGCUGUUGGGAAAAUUCGCAGCUGCCGUCCGUGGGCAGUGUACUUUUGCACAGAAGGUUCGCAACUUACAAGAGGCCGGUGCGCAGUUAGCGAUAAUACUAGACAAUGUAAAGGACUCGUCCCACGAAAGCACCGCGCUCUUCGCCAUGUCCGGAGACGGGAAAGACGACAUACAGAUUCCGGCCGUGUUCCUCUUCUCGAGGGAAGGUGAAAUAUUGAACGAAGCACUUAAAAACGAUCCAAAUCACAUGGUCACUAUCGGCGAAUUAAAAUCCAUGAAGCAGGAAUACGAGAGCUAUGAUAAGUGUGAUGUUCUCGCCCCGGCAUCAGCUGAUAAAGAAUCUUUCGAUCAGCUUAAGAGAGUUCUGAGUCAACUGGUCGGGCAAUUUGAGCUAACCCUAUCUAACGAUGACCAGAAGAGCUGCGAAGAGAGCGCGGACGCUUAUGUGACUAGCAAAACACAUGUAGAGCCGCCAAAAGUCUGUAAAGCCAAAGACGGUGAGCAGAAACGAGAUGGAUUAGAUGCAAACGACAUCGCGAGUAAACAAGAUGGGGUGUAA